UAUCCUCCUUUAUCAGGUAUCCAAUCUCACAGUGGACCUAGUGUUGAUUUAGCAAUAUUUGGAUUACACUUGAGUGGUAUUAGUAGUUUAUUAGGUGCAAUGAAUUUUAUUACAACUAUUUUAAAUAUGAGAAGUCCUGGUAUACGUUUACAUAAAUUAGCUUUAUUUGGUUGAGCUGUAAUAAUAACAGCAGUAUUAUUAUUAUUAUCUUUACCUGUAUUAGCUGGAGGUAUAACUAUGGUUUUAACUGAUAGAAACUUUAAUACAUCAUUCUUUGAAGUAGCAGGUGGAGGAGAUCCUAUUUUAUUCCAACAUCUUUUCUGAUUCUUCGGUCAUCCAGAAGUUUAUAUUUUAAUUAUACCAGGUUUCGGUAUUAUUAGUACAGUUAUCGCAGCUGGAUCUGGU